UUGGGUCUCUUAUUCGAACCCUCUAAGCCACCAGAUACUCUCCAACUCUCAAUAUUAACACAUCUGGCACUGUAUCAAAUCCAUCAAUGCCCUGCGCUUCUGCUCUCCACAAUGUCACUUUCUCUAUCUAAUUCCCUUUUCCCUCUCUAGACUGUUCCCCCUCCUCUCCCAAACAUUCCAAUGGCUCUUCCUCAGCUCAUUCCUUCUCCUCCUUCUUCUUCUCUCUCUCGCAAACUCUUCUUAAACCCUAACUGUAGAUUUUUUUCCCCAUCAUCUUCUGUCAUUCCAGUCCCUUCUCUUGCACGUCACCGUCACCACCGUCGCCGGAAAUCCAAUUCCCUCCGCUGCUCCGCAUCCUCCUUCUCCGAGAAGCACCACACCGGCUCCCCCAAGUCCGAUGACGUCGUCGAACUCCCUCUCUUUCCUCUUCCGUUGGUUCUAUUUCCCGGGGCCAUCCUCCCAUUGCAGAUCUUUGAGUUCCGAUAUCGGAUGAUGAUGCACACUCUCUUACAGACGGAUCUCCGAUUCGGUGUCAUCUACUCCGACGCCACUACCGGCACCGCCGAUGUGGGAUGCGUCGGCGAGGUUGUGAAGCACGAGCGCCUCGUCGACGACCGGUUCUUCCUCAUUUGCAAAGGGCAGGAGCGGUUCCGCGUCACGAACUUGGUUCGGACCAAACCCUAUUUGGUGGCAGAGGUGACGUGGUUGGAGGAUCGGCCCUCCGGCGACGGCGAUGAGGACUUGGAGGCGUUGGCAAAUGAGGUCGAAACCCAUAUGAAAGACGUAAUUCGAUUAUCGAAUCGAUUGAAUGGGAAGCCGGAAAAGGAGACCCAAGAUUUGCGCCGGAACUUGUUCCCGACGCCGUUCUCGUUCUUUGUUGGUAGUACGUUCGAAGGCGCGCCGAGGGAGCAGCAGGCAUUACUGGAAUUGGAGGAUACAUCUGCGAGGUUGAAAAGGGAGAAGGAAACCUUGAAGAAUACCCUGAAUUACUUGACGGCAGCAUCGGCGGUGAAAGACGUAUUUGCAUCUUCGUGAAUGGGUGAAUUGGGCAAAGGUGGAAGAGGGUUCUUUGUUGAUUGAGGACACAGAGGGAAGGCAAUGUUAAAAUAUAGGUACCAUUGCAUACUCUUUGCUUAUUGCAACCCAAGGGUUAUGAACCUGUAAAUUUUGAUGUCUAAUCCUAUAUGCAUACUCUAGUUUCUUAGUCAUAUACCCUGAGAUAUUACUGUUCAUAUAUGUUUAUAUUUCUUGCUUAGUUAACGGUUCUUUCUUUGGUUUCUUUGAGAAA